GCGUCAGCUGACCUGCCUUUACUGAACAGCAAACCGACCCGAGAGAUAAACAAACUCCGCGAGGGAGGGAAGGAGCGAGCGCUCGAGCUGGACACGGACACGCGCUCUCGUCUCAGAAGCCCUUUCACCCCGCCUCCGCCAGCUGCGUCGCCGCAAGCUUUCGUACGUCCACAGCGUCCCGAACCAUUCUCUGGACGUCGACAACUGCUUAUUAGGUGCCUGUGAGGAAAAACCUUGAAUUAAGAGAUCUUCCAGACACCUCUAAAAUGGCCUCUACAGUAAUUAGCUCAGUUCCUACUACUGCAUCUCGAUUUGCUCUUUUACAAGUGGAUAGUGGCAGUGGAUCCGAUUCAGAAUCUGGAAAGGGAAGAAGUGGUCGGAGUGCUGGGAAGGCCCAAGGUUCAGGCAGCAAGACAACCACAAAUGAAAAGAAAAAGGAAAAAAGGAGAAAAAAGAAGGAACAGCAACAGAGUGAAGCAAAUGAGCUCAGAAAUCUCGCUUUUAAAAAAAUCCCUCAGAAGUCUUCUCAAGGAGCCUGCUUGUCUCAGCAUGAGCAAACACUACACAAUUCAGCACAGAAGGACUCUCAAGAAGAGAACUGGCAAGAGUGGAGACAGAGAGAUGAGCAGUUAACUUCUGAAAUGUUUGAAGCAGACCUUGAAAAGGCAUUACUUCUAAGCAAACUGGAAUAUGAAGAGAACAGAAAGGACCAUGAUCAUACUGAAAAUGCUUCUCCUCCAUCAAAGGCUGCACACAAGAAAGAGAAAAGGAAAAAUCAGCAGGGGAAAGACAAACCUCUCACAGUGUCUUUAAAAGAUUUUCAAUCUGAUACUAACAUAGAUCACCUUCCUAAAAAGCAGGAGGAAUUGAGCUCCUCACAUACUUGCUUGCACGAUGGUGGAUUCUUCAAUAGACUGGAAGAUGAUGUGCAUAAAAUACUUAUUAGAGAGAAAAGAAGAGAGCAGACCACAGACCAUAAUGGAAUGGAUAACAGUGCAUCUCGUGAUUACACUCAGGAUUUUUUCCUAAAAGAUGGAAGAACGGAGAGACUAAAACUGGAACUUGAAAAGAAAGAUGUAGAAAUUCAGCAACUAAAGAGCAUAAUCACACAGUGGGAGGCAAAGUAUAAGGAAGUAAAAGCACGAAAUGCACAGCUGUUGAAAAUGCUACAAGAAGGUGAAAUGAAAGAUAAAGCUGAAAUACUGCUCCAGGUUGAUGAAUCUCAGAGUAUUAAGAAUGAGCUGACCUUGCAGGUAACCAAUCUUCAUGCUGCAUUGGAACAAGAACGAUCUAAAGUGAAAUUACUGCAAGCAGAGUUAACUAAAUAUCAGGGUGGAAGAAAAGGCAAAAGAAAUUCAGAGUCUGACCAGUACAGGUGAUCACAUUUUGAAUUCAAAGCCAAAAAAAAAAAAAAAGGAAUCUUGAUCUUCAGGGGUUUUGCAAAAAUGUAUAUUUGUACUACUACUGCUUAACUAUGCAGUUUUGGGGGGUUGGGCAGUGGGAAUUUAAUUGACUAAGAAUCUGAAUACUCAGUCUGUUGCACUUUUAGUGUAAAGAACAGAAGCUGGAAACUAAUAUUAAUAGUGAUGCUCAAACCUUGUUCGUGCUAAUUCUACAUUUAGUUUUUCAUCAGUCAAUAAACUUUUUGUCAUUUGUACAAA